AAAGAAAAUGUAACUAUAAAAACGAAACAUAGAAUAAGAAAUUGAAUAACAUAAACUUUUCUUAAACUCCAAAUUCAAUCCAAAGAAAAAAAAAAUCAUGGAGUUUGUAACUCUAUUCUUGCCUUUUUUUCUUGUGAAGCUUGUCCUCAAAUUAAAGUAUCCCAAUUCCAUCAUUACAAUGCGUCUCUUCCAAGCAACAUUCCACUACUACCAUCCCUAAUCCAUUUCUCUUCCACCUUUUUUCUUUUUUCUUCUUUCUUUCUCACUCCCUCUCUAUAUACUCAAUUCAAUUCCAUUCCAUUCUUCUACAACACUUCUUCAUUAUAUAUAUAUAUAUAUAUACACACAUGCCAUAGCUAAUAAAAAGUUAAGUUUUUCUUUUUUCAGUCAAAACCAAGAAUUGAAAAAUGGGUGCACUCAAAUUACAAAAGAAAAUUAACCCAUUUUAAAAGAUUCAAUUUUGAAUCAUGGGUAUGAAGAAAGUUUCAAUUUUGAAAACUGGGUAUUGAAUUUUCAACCAUGACAGUGUUAACAGUGAAAACCCCACAUAAAAUGCAAUCAUUUGGUAUUUUCCUCCGUGAACCGCCGCAAAAUGAAACCACCGUCACCGGCGACCACCGUAACACAUCACCGGCGAUGAAGAAAACAAUCAAGAAGACAAUAAUCACAGACGAAACUUCACUAGAAAACCCUGAUUUGGGUCCAUUUCUUCUGAAGAUGGCACGUGACAGCAUAGCUUGUGGCAGUGAGAAUCUUGAUAAGGCUUUGGAUUAUGCUAUUCGGGCUUCGAAAUCGUUUGAACGGGUUUCGGGUUCGGGUGUGGAUCUUGCCACGUGUCUUCAUGUUGUGGCUGCUAUUUAUAGUAGUUUGGGGAGGUUGGAUGAGGCUAUUGAGGAAUUGGAAAGGUCCAUUUUGAUGUUGGAUGUUGAAAAUGGGUCUGGUGUUGGUAUGGUGAAAUUUUGUGGGUAUAUGCAACUUGGUGAUACUUAUUCUAUGACUGGAAUGUUGGAUAGAUCCAUUUUCUGUUAUGAAUCGGGUUUGAAGAUUCAAAUUGAUGUUUUGGGUAAGUCUGAUCCAAGAGUUGCUGAAACUUGCAGGUACUUAGCGGAAGCACAUGUUCAAGCCAUGCAAUUUGAUGAGGCAGAACACUUCUGCAAGAAAACACUGGAAAUUCAUAGGGAGCAUUGCUCGCCAGCUUCCCUAGCUGAAGCAGCCGACCGACGUCUCAUGGCCCUUAUAUGUGAAGCAAAGGGAGACUAUGAACCAGCACUUGAGCACCUUGUCCUUGCCAGCAUGUCAAUGAUUGCCAACGGACAAGAUAAUGAGAUUGCAGCUAUUGAUGUUAGCAUCGGAGAUAUUUACUUGUCGCUGUGUCGGUUUGACGAGGCUGUUUUCUCCUAUCAGAAAGCACUGACAGUGUUCAAAUCCACCAAAGGUGAAAAUCACAGUUCUGUUGCUUUAGUCUACAUUCGCCUUGCUGAUCUUUACUACAAGACAGGAAAAUUACGAGAGUCGACAUCCUAUUGUGAAAAUGCAUUAAGAAUUUACAGUAAACCUGUGCCUGGAACAACUGCUGGUGAGAUUGCAAGUGGAUUGACUGAAAUAUCUGCAAUCUACGAAGCGCUUAAUGAGCCCGAGGAGGCGCUGAAGCUCUUGCAAAAGGCGGUGAAAUUAUUGGAGGGUAUCCCUGGACAAUAUAGGACAGUGGCAGGAAUAGAAGCUCAAAUGGGAGUAAUGUUCUACAUGGUUGGUCGGCAUGUCGAUGCUUGGAAAUCUUUUGAUAGUUCCGUUACAAAGCUGAGAGCUGGCGGGGAGAGGAAGUCGGCUUUUUUCGGAUUUGUGUUGAACCAGAUGGGCUUGGCAUGUGUUCAACUCUAUAAAAUAGAAGAGGCUGCUACACAUUUUGAAGAAGCUAGAGAGAUCUUGGAGAGGGAGUGUGGAACCUAUCAUUUGGACACUCUUGGUGUAUAUAGCAACCUAGCUGCGACUUACGAUGCCUUGGGAAGAGUUGAAGAUGCUAUUCGAAUAUUGGAAUACAUACUAAAGAUGAGAGAAGAAAAACUUGGAACUGCAAAUCCAGAUGUUGAUGAUGAAAAGAAAAGAUUGUUUGAACUUUUGAAAGAAGCGGGAAGAGUUCGGAAUAGAAAAGGAAAAUCUCUUGAAAACCUUAUAGAUUCGAACUCGUUGAAGAUGAAGAAGGAAGGAAGAAGGAGAUGGGGUGCAUUUAGUUUUAGAACUUAGAGAGGUCUUGUUCUUACCACAGAAAGAAAAAUGUGGUUUAUUUUGUUUUGCACUUUUAAGAAUUUGUGAAUGUUUUAGACUAAAGAAGUUUCCUUGCUUCAAUAUAUUUUAAAAGUAAAGAUAGUUUCACAUAAUUUAAAUCUAAUGGAAAAAGGAGAAAGAGAAGGAAGUGAAUGGUGAUGAUUAUGUGAAGGAAAGUUUAUGUUCCAUUUAUCUUGUUUCUAGCUGAUUGUGUUAUUUUUCAACUGUUUUUCUUGAUUCUGAAGUUUAACAUUA